AUGUCAGCGGAAGAAACAUUCUUAAACCUCUUCGACACGUACUGGUUCGAGCACAGACCUUUCGCUCCCACAAAAAAGGCGGCGCCGCCGUUAUCGCAAGCCGAAAAAGGCGGCGCUCCUCAAGAAUCGCCGAAGAAGCUGAACAAGAUCACAACGCUAAUGAGAAAAUCCCACAGCGACCACAACCUCACCUCCAAAUUAGACGCCACAUCAUCAUCAUCGGAGCCGAGCUCUCCGUCGCCGAAGUCCGUCCUCGGGCCCCACCUCCAGACGAUCCUCUCCGGCAAAGAAGUCGAGAGCUUCGUCGAGGAAGAAGAAUUGAAAAAAAUCAACAAGGCCGCGGGGGAGAAUGAGGAGAAGGCUAUUCGUCGUCGUCAUCGGAGGAAGAGGAGGGGCGGGGCGAGCAAGAGCUUGACGGAGCUGGAGGUGGAGGAGCUGAAGGGGUUUAUGGAUCUAGGGUUUGUAUUUUCGGAUGAGGAUCGGGAUUCCAAUUCGAGAUUGGGGUCGAUCAUUCCCGGGCUGAUGGGGAAGGGGGCGAGUGAAACGACGCCGUCGCGGCCGUAUCUGUCGGAGGCGUGGGAGAGGAUGGAGGAGGAGGAGAGGAGGAAUUCGGUGAUGGAGUGGAGGAUUCCGGCUUUCGGUAACGAGAUGGAGCUCAAGGAUCAUCUCAGAUUCUGGGCUCAUUCUGUUGCUUCUACUGUUAGAUGA